AUUAUAAACAAACAAAAAAACCCCGAAGCUCUCUCUCUCUCUCUCUCUCUCUCUGCAAUUCUUUUGGUUUACUUCUCCUGGUUGUCAGAUCUAGUUGUGUGUAAUUGAAAUUAGGGGUUUGUUUCAAAUCUCAAUUGGAAGAAUGCUGCUGUCUUCCUAGUAGAAUUCGGUGUUGAAGGUAUCGAAAUAUUUUGUAGAAUGCAGGGGUCAUCGAGCGCAGUAGCGCAACCAGAGGCCAUACUAGAGUGGUUGCACAAGGAGAUGGGGUAUAGGCCAUUAGGGCCACAGAGUGCGGCCACUAGCAAAUCUCAAUUGCCCUCAAUAGAUGCCAUAAGGAAGAUUUGUCGUGGAAAUAUGAUACCCAUUUGGGGGUUUCUGAUAAAGAGAGUGAAAUCGGAGAAAACAGUGGAGAAUAUAAGGAAGAAUAUACUGGUACAUGGUGGUGGUGGUGGGGAGAGUGGCGGUUUGGUAAAUGUUGGGAAAGACGAGGGGAGGAGUAAAGGAGGGAGGAGGAAGGAGAAGGUGGGUGGGGAGGGUGGGGGUGGGUCGAGUACUGCGGAGAGUAGGGAGGUGGCAUUGCAAGAGAGGGAAAUAGCAGCGAAAGAGGUUGAGAGGUUGAGGAGUAUUGUUAGGAGGCAGAGGAAGGAUUUGAGGGCUAGAAUGAUUGAGGUUUCGAGGGAGGAGGCCGAGAGGAAGCGUAUGCUUGAUGAGCGUGCUAAGAAUAGGCACAAGCAGGUCAUGCUGGAGGCUUAUGACCAACAAUGUGAUGAGGCAGCAAAAAUAUUUGCAGAGUACCAUAAACGUCUUCAUCAAUAUGUUAAUCAAGCAAGGGAUGCUCAAAGGUUUAGCAUUGACAGUUCUCUAGAAGAAGUUAGCAGCUUCAGUGCAAACAGUAUUAAGGAAGCUGUUUAUUCAACUGUUAAGGGAACCAAAUCUGCUGAUGAUGUCAUUCUUAUUGAAACAAAUUGGGAAAGAAAUAUCCGGAAGGCAUGUGAAUCUCUUGCAGUUUAUAUGGUCGAGAGAAUACGCAACUCCUUUCCUGCUUAUGAAGGAAGUGGUAUUCAUUUGAAUCCUCAAUCAGAAGCAGCCAAGUUGGGCAUGGAUUUUGAUGGAGAUAUACCUGAUGAUGUAAGAACUGUUAUUGUGAAUUGCUUGAAGAACCCUCCUCACUUACUUCGGGCAAUUACUGCAUACACUUUACGGCUGAAAACUUUGGUUUCUAGAGAAAUUGAAAAAAUUGAUGUUAGAGCUGAUGCUGAACUCUUAAGAUACAAAUAUGAAAACAACAGAGUUAUGGAUGUUUCUUCUACUGACACAAACUCACCAUUGCACCAUCAACUUUAUGGCAAUGGGACGAUUGGAAUAGACAUGCCUUACAAAGGAUCUCAAAAUCAGCUUCUGGAAAGACAGAAAGCCCAUGUUCAGCAAUUUUUGGCCACUGAAGAUGCACUUAAUAAAGCUGCAGAAGCCAGGGACGUGGGUCAGAAUCUCUUAAAACGAUUGCAUGGAACUGGUGAUGUAGUUUCUUCCCACUCAAUUGGUAUUGGAGUCACAACACAGAACAUGGGCAGUCUGCGGCAAUUUGAGCUGGAGGUUUGGGCCAAGGAGAGAGAAGCUGCUGGACUGAGGGCAAGCUUGAAUACAUUGAUGUCUGAAAUAGAACGCUUAAAUAAAUUGUGUGCAGAGAGGAAAGAGGCUGAAGAUUCUUUGAGAAAGAAGUGGAAGAAGAUUGAGGAGUUCGAUGCACGAAGAUCUGAACUUGAAGCAAUAUAUACCGCUCUACUGAAGGUUAUCAUGGAGGAUGCGGCUGCAUUCUGGAAACAGCAACCACUGGUUGCAAGGGAGUAUGCAUCAACUACUAUCAUUCCAGCAUGCACAAUUGUUGCGGAGAUUGCAAACAGUGCAAAAGAUCUUAUUGAUAAAGAAGUUAAUGCUUUCUUGCGAAGUCCUGAUAAUAGUCUUUACAUGCUUCCUUCAACUCCACAGGCACUGCUGGAGUCCAUGGGUUCUAAUGGAUCUACAGGACCUGAAGCUGUUGCUGCUGCGGAGAAGAAUGCUGCUUUAUUGACAGCAAGAGCUGGCGCUAGGGAUCCAUCAGCAAUUCCAUCAAUAUGCCGUGUGUCUGCUGCCCUUCAGUAUCCUGCUGGUUUGGAGGGUUCAGAUGCUGGUUUAGCAUCAGUUUUAGAGUCCCUUGAGUUCUGUUUAAAACUUCGUGGUUCUGAGGCAAGUGUGUUGGAGGACUUGGCAAAGGCAAUCAAUCUGGUCCAUAUACGGCAUGAUCUUGUUGAAAGUGGUCAUGCAUUGUUGAACCAUGCAUACCGUUCUCAACAAGAAUAUGAAAGGACAACAAAUUUAUGCUUGAAUUUGGCCACUGAGCAAGACAAGAUUGUCUCGGAGAAAUGGCUACCUGAGCUUAAGACUUCAGUUUUGAAUGCCCAAAAGUGUUUGGAAGAUUGCAAAUACGUGAGAGGUUUGCUUGACGAGUGGUGGGAGCAACCAGCGUCUACUGUUGUUGACUGGGUUACAGUUGAUGGACAAAAUGUUGCUGCUUGGCAUAAUCACGUCAAGCAACUUCUUGCAUUUUACGAUAAAGAGCUCUUGUGAAUAAGAUCAAUGUGCAUUUUUUCCUUGUUUGGUUGUAUUUUUUACCACAUGCAUGUCAACAUGGAAGAUCACAUUUGGGCCAGUUUGGAGCAGGGAUACACUUGGCAAUGUGAAGAGAUCUUCAGGGAUGUCCUUUGAUUUUGUUAGCAGGAGUGGUGGUGGGGGGUGGUGGUUGGAUCUGGUAUGCGAGAUGAGAGCUUCAUACAUGGAGGUGGUCAGAGGUAGUCAAGCAUCAUCGAUUUGGAAAACUAAUCAAGGGAUCCUCCAUUGGCUUAGAACAUUUUAGGGAGGCGGUAGCGGGUUUCUGCACUGCCUUUUGAUUGCGGAAUUCUCUCUUUUUCCCACUAAUUUUGUACAGAAUGGUUAGUGUAUGAUAGGGCAUCUGUUGUUAUUGAGUUAUGGGUAUGUUUACGAUUUUUCACUAGUUUCAUGCUUGAAUACUGCCAUUAAAAAAAAGUGUUGUAGUGUUGCUAUUUGAUGUAAAAGGAAGCUUUUGAGUUUGCAGGCUGA